CUUGAGUAUCUGUGAGCUCCUCACAAAUCAAAUGGACAAUCAGAGAGGUUCAUUCCAGGCGCCGGGUAGAAUGAGAAGCUCUGCAGUGUUAGAAACUUCAUGUGGAUAUUUACUUCAGGAAUUGAAGAUAAUCUGGGAUGAAGUCGGAGAAGAUCAGUUUGAAAGAGAGAAGGUUCUGCUAGAUUUAGAGCAGGAGUGUCUAGAAGUAUACAGGAGAAAAGUUGAUCGUGCAAAUAUAAAUAGAGCUCGCCUGCAUCAGGAGUUGGCAGAAGCUGAGGCUGAAUUCACCCAUCUUCUUUUGUCCCUUGGUGAACGAUCUCUUCCUGGAAGGCCAGAAAAAAUGACAGGAACACUGAAAGAGCAGCUAGACUCGAUCACCCCAGCUUUGAGAGAGAUGCGGUUGAGGAAAGAAGAGAGGGUGAACCAAUUCCGAGCAGUGCAAGGACAGAUUCGGAAAACUUCUGCAGAAAUAGCAGGUCAAUCAGAGUACCAUGAUUUAUCAUCAAUUGUCAAGGUGAACGAGAAUGAUCUUUCAUUAAAGAAACUGGAGGAGUAUCAGGUUGAGCUACAAAGACUCCACAAUGAAAAGAAUGAAAGGCUCCAAAGAGUGGAAAAGUACAUAGACAAAAUCCACAACCUAUCUGCAAUACUGGGGACGGAUUCCUCAAUGAUCAUCACCAAAGUUCAUCCAAGUCUGAAUGAAUUGUCUGGAAUGUCAAAAAAUAUAAGCGAGAGUAUUUUGGCAAAACUCAAUAACACAGUAGAGUCUUUGGAGGAAGAAAAGCAAAAGAGGCUUGAGAAGCUAUGCCAACUUGGUAGAGCAUUGACAAAUUUGUGGAAUCUAAUGGACGCACCCUUCAGUGACCGUCAAUUAUUUUCUCAUGUUACUGAUUUAUUAUCAGUCUCAUCCAAAGACGUAUCAGAUCCUGGAAGCCUUACUCUAAUCAUAAUUCAGCAGGCUGAAGCUGAAGUCAAGAGACUGGACCAUUUAAAAGCAAGCAAGAUGAAAGAGCUAUUUCUCAAGAAACAUAAUGAGCUGGAGGAGAUAUGCAAUAAAUCACACAUGGAGAUUCCUUCACAGUCAGAGAUGGAUAACAUAAUAAACCUCUUAAAUUCUGGGGAGAUUGACCACGCCAAUCUCCUCAUGAGCAUGGAUGAACAGAUAUCACGAGCAAAAGAAGAAGCUUCUAGCAGGAAGGCUAUAAUGGAAAAGGUGGAAAAGUGGAUAUUGGCACGUGAUGAGGAGCUCUGGUUGGAAGAAUAUAACAGGGAUGAGAAUCGAUACUCAGUCAGCAGAGGUGCUCACAAGAACCUGAGACGUGCAGAACGUGCCAGAAUAACAGCCAACAAAAUCCCAGCUUUGGUAUAUUUACUAAUAGCAAAGACUAAGAGCUGGGAAGAAGAAAGAAAGAAAGUUUUCUUGUAUGACGAGGUACCUCUCCUGGCAAUUUUGGAAGAGUAUAACAUGUUAAUGCAGGAAAAGGAGCAGGAGAAGCAAAGACAAAGGGAAAAGAAGAAGGUACAAAGCCAAGUAGUAGUUGAGCAAGAAAAUUUGUUUGUGUCCAGGCCAGGUACCAGCAACCGGCGGCUUUCAAACAGGAGCUUGAAUGGAGGAUUUAGCAAUGGUAUCCCUUUAAACAGAAGGCUUUCUCAGGGAAUUCAACGCUUGGGAUCAAAUAGCAUUUAUCCAGCAACACAGGGCAUGUCCUUGAUGAAGGAAGGAAAAAUAGCACAAGUUGAGGGCAUGUUUGAUCGACCGAGCCUUCCUUGUCGUCUCAGAGAUGAAACAGCUUCAGUAGUGUCAUUGUCAACAUUUUCAGGCCCAAAAUCUCCUUAAAAUUUGAUUCGGACUCAUUGAUCUUCAUGCAUGAGGACGCAGAUAAGAUCAGUGCAAAUUUAGUCUGGAAAAUAAUAUAAUAAAUCCUGUAGAUGGAUAUAUUCAGGCUUUUAUUACAGAUAGAAAAAACUACAUAUUUAUGUGUUUCUAUGCGUUAAGCCGCCCUGACCUCAUCAGAUUUGUGAUUCCAAGGGCAAAUAAAAUUACUUUUAAACCCA